AUGUCGCAUGAGCGAGAACGCGAAUCAAACACAUCGCCUCCACCUACACCGGCCGUUCCUCCAAGAUAUGUUGCUUUUCCGCCACCACAACCUCACCUCGUGCAUACCCAAGGCGGCGUUGCCUAUGUUGCAUAUCCGCAACCAAGUCUUAUAUCAGAUGCGCCUAUUGUUAAAGUUGCCCCUACAUUUGAUCCGUAUCCCGAAUACUGCCCAAGGUGUCGGGUUGUAGUCAUUACAAGUCGUGUAUGGGACUUUGGAUUCUGUGCUUGCAUAGUGUUGAUUGUGGUGUUGUGCAUGCCGCCCCUUUGGCCGCUGCUUAUUCUUUUGUGCACACAUGCCGUCAAGGAUGCUCACCAUUAUUGCCCUUUUUGCUCUACUCUUCUUGCGAUCAGAAAACGAUAGCUUCUCAAAUGAUAAACAACGGAUAACCCUACUAGCUUGCUCACCUAAAUGAUAACUUGUUUUUUUUUUUCAAAAAAAGUGAUUUAGCCUCUAUGUCAUUUACGAAAUUAACUUUCUAAAUUCACAGUAUGUUCAUUCUUG